AUGAAUGAAAAUAUUGAUGCCGAUUAUAAGUUCUUACACUACUUCGAUGAAGAUAUCGGCACACAUUGUGCUUGCCGUUCCAAUAGCAAAAUAGAAGAAGAAGAAGAAAAAGAUGAUGGUGUAUAUUCAAAAGAGUUAUUUGAGAUGAAUCUAAAGAAGGAACCAUUAGAUACUAUAAGAGAAGAAGAUUGCGAGAGCAGUGUUUUCUCUAUUGAUAUCCACAACGAUAGGUUAUAUGAUGUUGUUUAUGUGGCAGUUGGAGAAACUGAUUCAAGCAUGGAAGCACUUUCAUGGACUUUAAAGCACUUAGUGAACCCUAAUUCUACUAUUGUUUCUCUUGUACAUGUUUUCCCUCAAGCCAAGCGAAUUCCAACUUCACUGGGAAAAAUUCCAAGGAGAUAUGUGAGUCAAGAACAAGUUAACAACUACUUGAGCCAAGAGAAAAGGAAGAGGAGAAUACUCCUUCAAAAGUUCAUUGACAUGUGUACUGGCUCAAAAGUUAAGGUGGAGAUGUUGCUUAUUGAGGGUGACAACGUUGGUAAAGCCAUUGUAGAUCUUGUGAAGAAUCUGAAUAUAAGAAAAUUGGUGAUUGGAAUUACACAAUCUAAUCUAAGAAAACAUGAGUCAAGAAGACAUGAUUCUACCGCAGAGAUGGUGUUGAAAAGUGUAGAAGAAAGAUGUGAUAUUAAAAUCAUAUGUGAAGGAAGAGAAGUGAAUGAUUUGAUGAUUAAUGGAUAUACUUUAGAGCAUGAUGGAGUAGAUGAUCUUGUUCCAAUCAAGCAACCGAAACCAUUUUGGUUAUCAGAUUAG